AUGCCAAUUCCCUUGAGACUAUGGCCGACGACUCUCAAUACUGAGGUGGGGGAGGGGCUCCGAGUUUCUGAUCUGCUCCGGCUGGGAGAGGCGGAGUGGGAUGGCGACAAGCUGGGCCAGCUGUUUGGAGAGCAUCUAGUAGAGCGGGUUCGGUCGAUUCCCCUUUCGGGAUCAGUAGGUCCAGAUGUCAAGGUCUGGAGCACCACCUAUCGAGCGAGCAUUGGGAUUGGUGAGGUUGCCCGGCUUCUUCAGCCAGGCUCACAGCCGGGCCUAAACUAUGGCUGGGUGUGGAGGUUUGGGCUACACCAGAGGAUUGCUCUCUUCCUCUGGAAGGUGGCCUGGGAGCGGUUGCCGACAUGCUCAGUGUUGUGUAGACGAGGUAUGAGCCUUUCCCCCUCAUGUCCGGACUGCGGGGUGGAUGAGUCGGUGGAUCAUGUUCUAUUCCACUGCGUAUGGGCGAGAGGUGUUUGGAGUUUAAUUGGGAUCCCGGGGGACACCUGGAGUGGGAGGGAUUCCUUCCUGGAGGAGGUUCGGAAUUGGGCUGGUGCUCCUCAGAUGCGGGGAUUGGCUAUCAGGGCGUCUUGUACAGCAUACCAGAUAUGGCUGGCCAGGAACGCCCGAGUGUUUGGUGAGCGCCGGCUGUCCCUACGAUUUGUGAUGGAGCAGGCUUGCGCUCAGGCUGCAGAGAUUAUCCAGGUAGAGCCAGCUCAUAGACCUUUAAUAGCUCGGAACAUCUGGAGCUCCCACAUUGCUUCGGCAGCUCCACAUAGGGUAUUCUUUACUUGGGAGACCCCACCCCGAGUUUCCUCAAGGUCAAUUUUGAUGGCUCUGUCUUGGAUGGUGGCAGGAGGGGAGGGGCCGGAUUCAUUGUUAGGGGCCCGAGUUCUGAUGUGGUGGCAGCAGGGGACCGUCAGAUUUUUGAUAUUUCUGUUCCAGGGGCAGAGUUGCGAGCGGCCUGGAUGGGCCUGUCUUAUGCGCGGCGGGUACUCUGGGGGAGCUCGAUUUUUUUGGAGGGUGACUCAGCCACGGUGA